AUGCGUUCUGAAGUGCACAAUCGUGCUGGUGCAUGGAGUACUGAAAUCGCAUGCUAUACUGCAAUUGGCAAGAUAAUAUGUAAAACAUUAAAUACCCCGUCUACUCCCAAUGACAUCCGCGAAAAGUAUAACAACUGGUAUGACGUAAUUCGUUUUCGCCAGACUCAUCUGUUGCCGGGUGCGACAUAUAUGAAGCUCGAUGAUUUCACAAAGCCGUACGGUGUACCUGAAAGAACUUAUGACCUGAAUACCGUAUUUGCUCAGUGCUGUCUCAUGUAUCCCGAGUUCGAUAUCUGGUUUGCUGAAGAAUCUCGUAAGGCUCAAAUCCAGAAGGAAAUACGUAAGCAGAACGCAGAGACUAACAAGACCCUCAUGAACCUCGACAACGAGUAUGAAAGUCUGAGAGUGUUUGUGUAUGACCUGCGCAAGGCAAUCGACAACAAGGCUUGUAUCAACUACGGCUCUGCCAAGCUCACUGUAUAUGCAUGGGCACCUGGUACUAAUCGUAAAUACCGCACUGGUACAAAACUUUACUCUCUUGAUUCUCGUAAAACACCGUUGACUGCGGAAAUACUUAAAGCUGCUGCUGAUACUAUCCUGGAAUCCUGCGGCGGAGAUGAAUAUGUUGGUGAUAUACUGACUGGUGAAUACUACAUCGUAGGUGAUUUCGGAAUAAAGUUUCAGGCAAGAGUUUAUUCCGAAUGGACUGUAUUUGUUGGACCAGUUGCAACUGGUACACAGUAUUGGAUCCGUAUCGACGGCAUAGACUAUAAGGUUGAAUCAGCUGACACUGUUGAAUCAUACCUUAAUAGAAUCCGAGUUCCUUUGCAUAAUGCAAUCAUGAACGAUACCCUAGCUGAACUGGAUUAA